GUGUGUGUGUGUGUGUGUGUGCCCUCCCAGGCUAUAAAAGCCACUGUCACGAGGGUGCUACCCUGCAGAGGAGCUCAAGUGUUCGGUCUGAGAAAGAGGCAGAGGAAACCGAAGACUGUACUUGCUUUCCCCUGGCUAUCCUGCCUUCUCCGUCUAAGCUAUAAUCAUGGACAGAAACCUGCUGAAGAAUCCCACUGGGGAAGAGCAGCUGGAAUUCUGGGAGCUGACGGAGAAUGGUGGAAGCCAGUGGAAGGUGGAAGACAUGCCAGGAGACUGUGGCCAUGACUUCCCCAAAGACGGAGUGACCACGUAUUUUGCAACCUCAUUUGAGCUGUGUCUGAAGAGACAGGUGAUCAGCUUGUUAACAGAGGGUUACUCCAGUGAACAGUUGGAUGCCGAGCCAGCUAUCACAGUGGAAGACUGGUACUGUGGGAGGACAGACUGUGGUUGCACUUACCUAAUGACUGUGUGUCUGCUGGAUGAGAAUCAUGAGGUCAUACAGGAGUUCAAACCUGACCCAGUGACCCUUGACCCUGACUGUGACGACUGCUCGUGGAAACAGGUCAGCCAUACAUUUUCCGGCUAUGGUCCUGGGAUGCGUUAUAUCACCUUUGAACACGGAGGACAAGACACUAAGUUCUGGGAUGGCUGGUUUGGAGUGCGGGUCACUGCGAGCUCUGUUACUAUUGAGGUCUGAUCAUGAGGAAAGCAAAAGAGUGAGAGGAGAAGGGAACUACGGAGUAAAAAAUACUGAAAGGUAAAGAAGGGGUUGGUGGGGUUGGGUGGGUGGAAUUGGGCAAAUGUUACAUAAGGGCAUCUGAGUGACAGUGUAGGAUUCAAGAUUUCAAGAGGACCAGCUCUGCCUUAUGCAUCUGCUAUAGCUUACACCUCUGUAGAGUGGCUUCAGAAAGUAUUUAGGCCCCUUCACUUUUUGCUUUUUUGAGAUAUGUCUGGACUUGACUGUCCACCUGUGGCAAACUGACUGGAAAGAGUUUUAAAAGGCACACACCUGUGUAUAUAAGGUCUCACAAUUUACACAUGUCAGGAUAAAAAGCAAGCCAUAAAGUCCAAUGAACUCUCUGUAGACCUCUGUGAUAAAAAUGUGGUCAAACAUAGACCAAGGCAAGGGAAACCACUCCUAAAGCUUUGAUUGUUCCCACAAGCACAGUGGCCUCAGUAAUUGUGAAAUGGAAGAGAUGGGUGAAUGCGGUGGUGGCAGCAACAUGCUACGGGGGUGUUUCUCAAUGGCAGGGACAGGGAAACUAGGGUCGGGGUCGGAUGAAUGUGGCCAAAUACAGAGAGGUCCUUGAAGACCAGAGAGCAAGCAACCUGAGAGUGGGGCAACAGUUCACCUUUCAAGUCUCUGAGUGUUCCCACCAAAGACCAUUGAUAAACCCACAGGAUAACUGUGUGGAGAGGCCUGAAGAUGGCAGUUCAGUCCAAUCCAAUCUGACAGAGUUUCUGCCAGGAAGAAUGAGAUAAACUGUCUAAAUCCAGAAUAUGAGUACAUUUAUACAUAUGAACAUAUAAAUGAAACAUUUCACUUUUUUAUUCUUAGUCUUUGCAGAAAUGUUUUUACUUGGUCAUUGUGGACUUAUUGAGUGUAGACUGAUGAACAAAAAUGUCAAUUUUAUCGAGUCACAAUUAAAUCUACAACACAAAGUUUGCUUAAAAUUAAGGGGUCUGAACACUUUCUGACUCCACUGUAUAUCAUGCUAAUGCUGUGGAAACAGCUGCAGUAACUAAUCUGUGAAACACAGUGAAAGCUUGGCUUUAUUAACCUUAAACACAGCCAUUAAUCAUGAUCUGUUAACUACUACUUCUGCACACUUACUUAUGCUGGCGCAUAAACUGACUUGUUUGGUGGGCUGGGGAUGUUGUAAGCAAAAAAGCGGUUAAUCAUUCAAAUGGGAAUAAAAAACGAUUAAAUACAUUGCCA